UUGGUUAAAAAAAAAAAAUUAAAAAAUGGAAACAACUUCAGUUACCUCGUCAUUUGUAUCAUCUACGGGAUUUUAUUCGUUGAUAAUAUUAACAAUAGUUUUAACUGCUAUUUAUUUCUAUAUGGAAUCAUCUAGAACAGUUAGAUAUGGAAGAAAAUUACCAGGACCACGAACUGUUCCAUUUUUUGGAAAUCUUUUAUUAGCAUUAAAUAUUCAUCCUAGAGAUAUACUAUCCAAAAUACUUGCAUAUGAUAUUUACGGACCCGUUGCUCGUGCUUUUGUAGGAAAGGAAUUAGUAGUAUUUCUCACGGAUCCACGUGACGUUGAAAUAGUUCUUAGCAGUCAUGUUCACAUAACGAAAUCACCGGAGUACAGAUUCUUUAAACCCUGGUUAGGUGAUGGUUUAUUAAUUAGCAACGGACAGAAGUGGUAUUCUCAUAGAAAAUUUAUAGCACCUUCAUUUCAUAUGAGUAUACUUAAAUCAUUCGUACCGUUGUUUUACGAGAAUAGUUUGACUUUGGUUAAAAGAUUGAAGAAUCAAAUUGGAAAGGAAUUUGAUUGUCACGAUUAUUUGUCAACGAUAACUGUCGACAUAUUGGUGGAAACUGCUAUGGGUGUUAGAGGAAAAAAUAAAGAAAAAAUGAGCUUUGAUUAUGCUAAGGCCGUUAUGAAAAUGUGCAAUAUCAUUCAUAUAAGACAAUAUAGUAUAUUCUUAAGAUUUGACAAAUAUUUCAAAUGGACGAAAUAUGGAAUGGAACAAGAAAAACUUGUCAACACUGCUCACAGUUUGACAUCGCGAAUAAUAAAAGAGAAAAAAUUAGAAACGUUGAAUUCUAACGUCGUAGAAUCAACGAAUAAAUCUGAAAACGUUAAGAACACUAACGAUAAACCGGAAAAAAAAUAUACUAAUUUACAUUACGUCAAGGAUGAUCUCGAUGAAAUUGAUGAGAAUGAUAUUGGAUUGAAAAAACGUUCGGCAUUCUUAGAACACAUGUUGGAACUUGCCAAAAAUGGUACGAAUUUGACCGAUGAAGAAAUUAAAGAAGAAGUUGACACCAUAAUGUUUGAGGGUCACGAUACUACAGCAGCAGCUUCAAGUUUCAUACUUUGCAUCUUAGGGGUUAAUCCAGAUAUUCAGGAACGUGUUAUGGAAGAAUUAAAUACGAUAUUCAAUGGUUCAGAUAGACCAUGCACAUUCCAAGAUACAUUGGAAAUGAAAUAUUUCGAAAGAGUCAUUUUAGAAACCUUGAGACUUUUCCCACCAGUUCCAGCAAUAGCAAGAACUCUUAACGAAGAUAUACAAUUAGUCAGCAAUAAGAAAAUUUUGCCAGCGAAAUGUAGAGUAAUAAUACCUCAAUACAAAAUUCAUCGUUUGCCGGAAUAUUAUCCAAAUCCUGAGGAAUUCAAUCCGGACAAUUUUUUGCCAGAGAAAAUGCAACAGAGACAUUAUUAUUCUUAUAUUCCUUUCAGCGCAGGUCCAAGAUCUUGCGUGGGACGUAAAUUUGCAUUGUUAAAAUUAAAAGUACUUAUAUCAACAAUAUUGAGAAACUAUAAAAUAAUGGCUGAUAUACCUUAUACGCAAUUUAAACUACAAGUUGAUAUUAUCUUGAAAAGAUCCGAUGGUUUUAACAUUAGAAUCGAACCACGACAAAAUAUUUCUUCAGAAAUUCCAGCUUAAGAUCAGUUAUUAAGAAAAAAUUUUUUUUAUUUUUUUCAUAAAUAAUUAUGGUAUUUCACAG